AUGGCUGCUAUCACUUCUGAAGCUCGUAUCGACCGUUUCAAGGAGUGGCUACAGGCAAAGUCUACUCCACAGACAGCCGCCGGCCUUAAGCCAGGUAGUAGUCUCCUUCUGGCGACGGCGCUUCAUGGCCUUGCACGACGUAGCAAGGGCCAUGAACUCACUGUGAUCGAAAAAUGGGCAUCUGAACCCUUUGCGGCCAUCACAGAGAGUGAAGAGGAGCUUAACGCUCUUGGCCAGAUUUGCUGCGAGGCCAAGUCUGCUGUACGCUCUCGAAGCUUUGCUGCCUUCAACGCACCAGCUGGAAUUAUGGGCUUGUCUGAGGACGAGCCUGUUUCUCGAGACCAGUUCAACGAACAGGUCAAAGAGCACGGUGUUGAAACGCUUCAGCAGCCGCACAUACGCGCCGUUCGGGCGGACGCGGUUGGUCUAGAUGGCAACGUUCCAGAGACUGAAGAGUUUGCGUCCGCUGUAUCUAGCCUUGGUCGGGGUCUGACAAUGUUUAUGGAACCCGAGUCAGAGACAGCCGAUCAAACCCAUGGCAAUGGGAUUUAUAAAUUGGAAUUGCAGGCGUCUAUUUUCAAGUGCUACAGACGAUCGAACGAAGUUGGAAAAGAUGAAGUCUACUUCACAUGGGGAAUUGGCAACGACUCGAGAGGCCAAAACCAUCACCGAACCCCAGAGUUUGGAUCUGUCGUUACAGGCACCAUCCGUGACUUUCCCUCCAGGACUAUACUGAAUGAAGGCUGGAUUUCAAAGUGCAUGGUGGGGACUGUCGUGUGCUGGGAAGCAGACCAUAGCGACAGUGAGUGGUAUCGGAAGCUCAAUGCAGCCAUGGAACAUGGGGCCCGAUUGGCGGCCGAUUUGGCUUUCGAUGUUGGCAGCGAUGCUAUGAACGAAUUAAUAGGCCAGCUUCCCGGUUUCAGUCAGUAUGCUGAUAUGUUGUUCUGGAUAGAAAACAUAGCCUUGAUUGUUCAAGGGUUAGUUAACUGGCUGCGCAAUAAGGAUGAUAAGGUAGCCGAGCAUAAUUAUGGUUUUACAAAAGGCUUUUUAGAGGGCUUUAUGGAUAUAGAAGCCUAUAUUCAGAUGAUGUUUGAUGGAGGCAGUGGGGGGCAGCACGCUAUAUCUGCUAGAGUUAUGUCUACAGGUGUUGGUGGCGGGGCUAUACCGAUUAAGAAUUAG